AUGGGCCAGGAUGAAUUUGUGUUUUCCAUCUUCAAGGAAGAAUUGCCGGGCGGGGAAGGUGGGACCUGCAGUCUGGCUGCCUUCAGAGAUGCUGCUCUCGGCCUCCAGGAAGCAGCCGGCACCGUCGUCCUAAAGCCUGGAGACGCUUGUGCAGGAGCCGACGGGGAGCGCACUGCUCGUCGCCUGGGAACAGGCCACCCCAGGUGCCCGCACACCUCGGCCUGGCUCACACCCGGGUGCCUGUCUCCCCAGAGGUCGGACCCGCAGCUGCUGGCCCAGUUCUACUAUGCGGAUGAGGAGCUGAACCAGGUGGCGGCCGAGCUGGACAGCCUGGACGGGCGGAAGGACCCCCAGCGGUGCACCCUGCUCGUCAGCCAGUUCCGCUCCUGCCAGAGGUCAGACCCCCAGCUGCUGGCCCAGUUCUACUACGCGGAUGAGGAGCUGAACCAGGUGGCGGCUGAGCUGGACAGCCUGGACGGGCGGAAGGACCCCCAGCGGUGCACCCUGCUCGUCAGCCAGUUCCGCUCCUGCCAGACAUGGGUGGCGGUGAGAUUCAGCCCUCGCUCGCUCUCCCUGUGGUGCAGCUACGUCUCGGCCAUGGUGCCCGUGAAGUCGCCGCGGGAGUACUACGUGCAGCAGGAGGUCAUCGUGUUGUUCUGCGAGACCGUGGAGCGCUACGUCUCGGCCAUGGUGCCCGUGAAGUCGCCGCGGGAGUACUACGUGCAGCAGGAGGUCAUCGUGCUGUUCUGCGAGACCGUGGAGCGGGCCCUGGACUGCGGGUACCUGACCCAGGACAUGAUUGACGACUACGAGCCCGCCCUCAUGUUCACCAUCCCCCGGCUGGCCAUCGUGUGGAACCGGGAGCUGGAGAGCAUGGCCAUGCGCCCGCUGGCCAAGGAGCUGACCCGCAGCCUGGAGGACGUGCGGGGCGCCCUCCGCGACCAGGCGCUGCGGGACCUCAACACCUACACGGAGAAGAUGCGGGAGGCGCUGAGGCACUUCGACGUCCUGUUUGCGGAGUUCGAGCUGAGGUGACCUUGCGGACCACGCGGGUGCUGUAGGCGUGAGGCCACAGCCUUGGGAUGGGGUCAUGGCUUCAGCAUGGGGUCACGGUUGGGGUCACGGCCUAGGUGUGAAGUCAUGGGCUAGGCAUGAGGCCAUAGCCUCAGCAUGGGGUCAUGGUCUAGGUGUGAAGUCAUGGGCUAGGUGUGGGGCCACGGCCUCAGCUCUGUGGCGGGGGGGUGCCUGCUCUGCGGGCUUUUCCGAUAUUUCCAGCUGGAAAACUGCAGCAGGAGGAGCUGCGGCUGUUCAGGGUCAGGGCUGUCUGCAGGGUGGUGACCCCUGGGACUUGGUGUGGGCUGUGGGGGGAGGGAGAUGCAGGGGUCCACCCCACCCCACCCCACCCACCGCCGUGCCUGACACAGCUCAGCGGGAGAGCGGGAGGGCCCUGCAGUGAGGUCAUCUGUGGGCCAC